CAGCGCGGCGCGGGGACCGGGGCCAGGACGCGAUGGCAGCUCAGCGGCUGGGCAAGCGGGUGCUGAGCAAGCUGCAGGCUCCUUUGCGGGCCCGGGGGCCGGGGGGCAGCCCCGGGGGACUACAGAAACGACACUCGCGUGUCACCGUCAAGUACGACCGGCGGGAGCUGCAGCGGCGGCUGGACGUGGAGAAGUGGAUCGACGGGCGCUUGGAGGAGCUGUACUGCGGCAGGGAAGCAGACAUGCCGGAUGAGGUCAACAUUGAUGAACUGCUGGAACUAGACAGUGAAGAGGACAGAAGGCGGAAAAUCCAGGGUCUCCUGAAAUCGUGCAUGAACCCCACAGAGGACUUCAUCCAGGAGCUGCUGGUGAAGCUGCGGGGCCUCCACAAGCAGCCAGGCCUCCGCCAGCCCAGCCCCUCUGGUGACCGAAGCCUGAGCCCCCUCCAGGACCGGGCCCGGACCGCACCGCCCUGACCCUGUCUCGCCUGCGUGGCCCACCUUUGUCCUCCCCGCCCCACGCCCUCCUGGCUUGUUUAUAAGUGGUAUUUAAUGGUUCUGUAACAAUAACACCCACCGUCUGCCUGUU